AUGUCGAAAAGGUGGAUGUGGGUUCUGCUGUUCAUCAGUGUCUGCGCAGUGUACAUUGAUGACGUCAUUGGGAGUGUCAUGGCAUCCAACUCAACAAGAAAAGAGACCAUUCAUGCCUUGUUGGUUGACUAUGACUCUACGGAGCUACCAAACGAUAUAACAGGCACACCUACCAUGGUGGGGGUACAGAUUUACGUCUGUAGCAUUGAUUCUUUCGACGAAGCCGCCAUGGACUUUACGAUAACAAUUUUCCUGCGGCAGUUGUGGCGGGACCAUCGCCUGUCUUACGAAUCUAACACAGUCCUACCCGAGCCACUGGAGCUGGACGUUAAGCUCAUUGACAGGGUCUGGGUGCCCGACCUGUUCUUUGUCAAUGAAAAGAGCGCGCGCUUUCACAUGGUCACGGUGUCCAAUCGUCUACUUCACAUCUACAGAAACGGCACCGUGUUUUACAGUCUCAGGUUAUCGCUGCGGCUAAGUUGUCAGAUGAACCUGGAGAAGUAUCCAUUGGACGCCCAGGUCUGUCCCAUCAUCGUGGAGAGCUAUGGUCACAGUACAGAAUACCUGCAGUUCGCGUGGAUGGGGAAUCCACCGGUUAUUACGGAUAUGGUGGUCAUCUCACAAUUCAGGCUUGACGGAUUAACAGUUGAGGACUGCAGCAAAAAUUACGGACUAAAAAAUUUCACUUGUGUCCGGGCUGAUUUGCGGAUGGAGAGAGACAAGGGUUAUUAUAUCAUUCAGAUCUACGUACCCAGCAUCCUCAUCGUCAUCCUGUCUUGGGUGUCAUUUUGGCUGAAUGUGGAGGCUAUUCCCGCCCGCAUCUCACUGGGCGUGUUGACUAUCUUGACUCUGACCACCCAGAGCUCCAGUCUACAGAACUCUCUGCCCAGGGUCUCGUACGCCAAGGCUCUGGAUGUCUGGAUGGCCGUUUGUCUUGUCUUCGUCUUCGCCGCCUUGCUGGAGUUCGCUUUCGUGAAUGUGUUGAGUCGCCAUUCCAAGAGUACAGACGAUGUCUCUAGCCCGACCUCCAGCCGAAAGCCGUCAGUCAACGGAACUUUGAAGUCAAUAGGAAAACGGAAGGCUCUUCUGCUGGACAAAGUGUCUCGGUUUGGAUUCCCAUUGAUGUUCGGUUUGAUCAACGUUAUAUACUGGACAUAUUACACCCUGAUGUAAUGGAACAAUCACUGAUGUCGUAUCUUUUCGAGUUUUCAGAACCACUGAGACAAAACAAUCGAACGGAUGGACGAAUGGACGGACUGAUCUGUCUACAUUAUUAACUGCACACGUGGUACGAGUUCAGUGACAAGUGCUUAAAUCAAGAGAUCAAUCGUGGUUGCAAGUGUCACAAAAUACAAAUUAUAUGACCUCAAUGACCUUGAAAAUAAUUUGCCAAAGACACUGAAAAUCUCCACUGCGUAAUUAUGUACAUGUGGUAUAACCUUAGUAAACCUGGUCACAGGCACGUGUAGACUGUUUACAAAGAAUUGGAUAGACGGGUUGAUGGAUGGAUUGAUGUUACGAACAAGGCUGAUUUUGGCUGCAGGACAAAAAACAUCGAGGAAAGGAAAUUUUCACAGCUCGGAGACCAGAAUGAUUUUCAGUGUUAUGUGCGUUUGUGGCAAAGUUCAUCCAGGAACAAAGAUAUGUAAGAAGAGUUGAGGUCCGUUUACCUGUUUGUGACAGUACAGGUGAUAACCCACUAUGAAUAUCUUGUUAAUAAGAAGCACUUACCAAGUAUUACGGUCUAUCGGAACCCCACAGUGAACAGAGUGUGUCGGUUAAUCGUUAGUUCCCGUAAUUACCAAACUGGGUUGAUGACCUUUUGGGUCAGGGCU